AUGCCUGAAGUGCGGAGAUAUGUGAUGAGGGGACUCGAAAAGAUAUCAUCUGGUUGUCUUUGGCUAUUCCAUAUCUUGAUCUUCAAUUACCAGAGUGCUCUUGGAAAGAUCCGCGCGAACAUGGGUUCGAUAACGGAAGAGAAACACAUUAACUUGCAGCUUGGAUGGCCUUCGCCUGCCCUGUUUCCCAGCGAGGCACUGAUCACGGCUUCCCAGGCUGUGCUUGGAGAUCCAAAGAUCGCGGCGCAGGCCCUUGUCUACGGCCCUGACCCUGGACACGAGGCUCUACGAAGCGCAAUCGCGUCAUGGCUCUUCGGCUUUUACCACCCUGAAGCUGGACCUAUAGAUCCUAGUCGCAUCUUUGUCACCAACGGUGCUUCCGGAGCACUGAGCAUGCUUUUGACGAGAUUCACCGACCCCGAAUACACGAAGCGGAUAUGGGCGAUUGAGCCGACGUACUUCCUCGCCGCUCAGGCCUUUCAGGAUGCUGGCUUUGACGGUCGAAUGCGAGGCGUGCCGGAAGAUGACGAGGGCAUUGACAUCGACUUCCUUCGUCAAGGCCUGCUAGAGUCAGAGAAAGAGCCGGCAAAGGAAGCCACUUUCAAAGGGGCAGCGGCUUGCCCAAAGAUCUACAAGCACAUCAUCUAUGCCAUCCCAACUUUUAGCAACCCCAGCGCCAAGACUAUGUCACUACGGCGUCGUGAGCAACUUGUCCAGCUCGCUCGGGAGUUUGACGCCCUGGUUAUCACCGACGAUGUUUACGAUUGGCUGAGAUGGCCCGCCAGUGAGACUGGGCAGACACAGUUGUCGCAGCCUCCUCCGAGGCUGGUUGAUGUUGACCGAAAACUCCCCGGGACGACUACCUUUGGCAACGCCGUGAGUAAUGGCUCAUUCUCGAAAAUUGUCGGGCCCGGCGUCCGAGUCGGAUGGGUCGAAGGCUCGCCUGACGUAGUCAAGGAGCUCUGCAAGUAUGGUCCGGUCCGAUCGGGAGGCUGCCAGGGCCACCUCUCCUCAAUGUUCAUAAGCCAUCUUGUUAGCUCUGGCGCAUUGGAGAAGCACAUCCAAGAAACUCUAAUCCCGACUUAUCAACAGCGAUACUACGCAAUGAUGGAAUCACUCAAAACCCAUCUUUUGCCCCUGGGUUUUACAAUAUCGCCAACAGGCGACUAUGAAGGUUCGAGAGGCCCGGUUGAGGCUGGAGGGUUCUUCACAUACAUCAAUGUACCAACCAACACACUUCGCACCUCGGAGCUGGUAGAGCAUGCUCUGGACCGGUUCAACCUUCGCGUCGCGCACGGAGGAAUGAUGCUGGUCGCUGGUGACCCAGACUGCGCUAGCAGGGCAAGUCAAGGAUUCGGACAAGCACUGAGGCUUUGCUGGGCUUGGCACGAGAAGGAGGAUAUCGAUGAGGGAAUUCGAAGAUUAGCGGCAGCCUUUCAGAGCAUACAAGCUAGGUAG